CAACACGAUCCAAAGUUGGAUUGUUUGCAAGUGCUGUAAAUAGCUGUAUGAAGGAGUUUUACUGUCAUCUAUAAUUUUACCAAUGUUAGUAGUGUACGAUAAUACCAAUAAAGCUUAAAGGUGUAUAAUUACUGGGCCUGUUCACCGCGUCUUAUCUUAAAACUGCGAGUCGACAUCGGUACGCUUCGCCAGCACUGCUGGACAAGACGCAAUGGCCAGCAAGGUGAUCCUCAAGAAUACAACUAAACUCAGCCUCAAUGAGCGCUUCACAGCAUACCGUCAGCAGGCAGAGGCGGAGGCGUUGCGGGCUGCGGCAGCAGCAGCUGCAGUUCCCCAGAUUCCUCCAGUGCCACAAGCAUCAAUGCGCAAUGUGCGCCUGGCACAGCAGAUGGCUAACCGGCCCAGCGUGCUUGCUGCCCUGCGCCUCCGGAAGGCUACCCCCGGGCUGAGUGGCGGCUACAUGGUGCCCUCUCCCUCCAUCGGAGCCAUGGAACGUGGGAUGUCUCCCCUUGGGGGUGGCUGGGUCCUGCAGCGUAGCCUGCGCCAACGUCUUGGCCCGCUGUCUGGUGGAGUGAAAGCGCGCCUUGGACUGCGGCCAUUUCACCCGGCCGGGCUGUUGCUCCGGUCCAGGCUGGGAUUGAGGCCAGUUCAGACCAAUGGAACCCGUGCUGCACAGUCACGCAGGAAUCGUGGAGCAGCCAGGACUUACUACAGGCAGCCUCGUGCCAAUGGGGCCCUCCGUGGACAGUUUGGGCGGCCACGAAAUCGCAGGCGGCGUGCCCAGCAACAACAGCAGCAGCAGGCAGCAGCCGGUGUGAAUUCUGGCGGCCAAACUGACCGUCGCCAGUUGGACCAGCAGUUGGAGGCAUACAUGCAACGUACGAGAAGUCACUUGGACGCUGAGCUGGAUGCCUACAUGGCCCAGGCCAGUGGCAGUAGCAGUUAGAUGAGAUGAAGCCUAAUGUGGCGGAGGCUGGCGAGCCAGGAGCAGGGCAAUGUUGCGUGGCGAGGAGCCGGCAGACGGGAAGGCAGCUGCCAACUGAGCCCCACUCCAGCACGCCCGGUCACCAAGCACCAUACCUUCCCAACAAGGCUGCAGCAGCUGCCGGAGGAGCUGCAAAUCGUGCAUGAAAAGACUCUGUGACUGACUUGUUUCCCGUUGUUUGGGCUGACCAGUUGCACAGGCACUGCGACCUGGUGUAUCUGUUGAUCUUGAUGUCUUACUCGUUUUGGAUGUUCGUGCUUUUCGGUUGCCAUUAGGCUGCUCUUUGUAUCCUGGCUGCCUUGGUUUUCUUAUCAAGUGACAUUUUAAUGCUGAACAGCAUAAUGUAAACCAACAUCAUCUCAUCUAUUUUCAUGGGGCAGAGUGUCUGGCCAGUGGCAGAAAGCAAGAGAUAGCUACAACAUUCAGUUGUCAAUAUUCUUUCAGCCUGUACAUUUCAGCAAGAAGAUGGGUAACCGGAACACAGGCAGACCAAUGAAAAUAGAUGUAUAGUUAUGUCAAACAAUCAUACGGGACGAAUGCUUUGAUUUGCAUACCCAUCUUCCUCGUGGCCAUGAAUUCUAAUGAUACACCAACUGGUGUACAAUACAGCUCUAUUGAAAAGUUGUAAACAAGUGUGGAUUUAUAUACUCUGUGCCAGAAUUAUCUUAAGGGAUGUAGGUGGAGGCUUGAAUUCAAAGGAAAUGCAUCUUAUUAGGACUGCAUUUUAUCAGAAUUGACCCCAACGAACUUGUAAAUCAGUUCUUCAGCACAGCAACAGCUGUGAGAAAUUGAAGUGCUAUGUGCAUGCAAAUUUGGCCAACUGUCUCAGUAACCACUUUCCCAUAGUUUGCUUACAUUAUUUGCAGCUCCCUUUUCCUACUUUUCACUUGAGCCCAACUGUUAUGACCCAGCGUGUUUCAGCAUGACAUAACUGUACCAAUUGCUAGUGAUGAAAUUUGACCACGUGGUCAGUGGCCGAUUUCACGAGUGAUCCUCAACUUGGUGUAUAUUGGUUAUGUGCCUGGCGAUGUCACUUGGUGCACAGCAGCUAUUUUCGGCAUUCAUUUAGACAUUCAUUUAGUGUACACUUGGAGUGUAAGUGCAAAAAUUACGGCCUUCUCUUGUCUCCAUUGCCAGAUUUUGUCAUUAUAGUAUUUAUGUUUUGGCAUAUGUGCAUACAUGCUGUUGUCAGUAGGUACUGUUCAGUCAAGAUAACUUUUAAUGAAAGUUUUUGAAUGUGACUGCGUGCUUCGGUGUGUUUUUUUUUCUUUUCACUCAUAUUGCACAUGAUGUUAUUCCUAGUCAUUAUAUCUAGAUGCUAUGACUGCAGUUGUCUGCAACACUAAAUUUUCACAAAAAUAUUUUAUGCACACACACACAAAAAAACACUAUUGGUACAUCUAAAAAUAGUCAUAAGCAUCAAAUGCUUUAUUACUUUGUCAUCAACAUGCAUGCAUUUUGCAUUUCUCACUCUGAUACACUGCUUACCACCUUCAGAGCCAUCCUUUUUCAAAAUUUUCAAAAGAACUUUAUUUCACCGUCACUUCCACUAAACUUUAUAGAAAGGUAGAACUACACACUGUACAGUUAAAGCUCAAUCUAAUGAAACCCAAUUUUACAAAGUUCCCGAUCUAACGAAGAAAUUUCCAUUCCCCAGCAGAUACCCAUAAGGUUUAGUGUUGUCAUCAAACCGAAUUAACGAAACUAAAUUGGCCACCAAAUCCGAUACAAUUUUUUUGCUGAAAUAAAUUAGUAAUAAAACCGGUGAUUUCUUUCUAAA